UGGUAGGUGGUGAUACAAAAAAUACCACAUUUCUUACGAAUCUAUUCGAAAAAAAUAUGUUACAUAGUAUAAACAAUAGGAUAAAAUGCAGUAACAACUUGAGCUAUCGGUAGAGGUAAAUCCAACUCUCCUUUUAAUCUAGUAAUCGAUAACGCGUUACCAAACUGUUUUUGCUAUGGGCUUAAUUUUUCAAAAUGCCAAAGAAAAAAAAAGAACAAAAAAUAAGAAAAACAUUAAAAAAAAGUACCAAGGGAAACUUUAGAUAUUUAAUAAAUAUUGGUAUGAAGAAUGCCAAAAACUGGAAUAUUUUAAAAAACAAGUUAAACUUUAAGCAUGAUAGAGAUUUUGUGGAAUGUUUACUUUCUGUAACUCUAAAAUGUCUCAGUUCCAAAAGCAUCUGUGAAAAUUUGAAAAUAACUUUACCAAUAGCAAAAGAAAAUCCUGUUGAUAUGCUUACUGUUGAUGAACCAGAAGUACUUACUCCAUUAGGUAAAAAUCCUGAUAAACUUCAUGAAAAUAAUACUGCUGCUAUUAGAAUUGUUGAUAAAUAUGAUGUUAAGAUCAGCAAUAAAGAUGUUUGCAGUGAUGUCAAUGAGAAAUUAAAAAUUGAUAAAUCAGAAAAAAAUGAAAACCAUGAUGCAGGGAAUGUUAUUAAACAUACCAAUGGAAGGGCUGACGAUAUUCUUUCUCAUUGUUCUUCAAAGAGGUUGUUAGUUUUCAAGACAUAUAUUGGAAACAAGUUGUGUAAAUACUGUGAUGGGUCUCAUAGCCAUUCUAGCUGUCCCUUGAACUUCUCUUCUAAAUUUAUUUUUGACAGUAUUUCCCUUGAUGAUUGGGGAAGAGAAGAAGGAUUUGCAAUUGCUUCUCUGCCAAGUGACUUACAGCUGAAAGAUGGCAGAAUAUAUACGGUUGUGCCAAUUCCUUUUAAAACACAGUUUGGCCCUCUUGUGGGUGUACCUAUAAGAGAAGUAGAAAUUUUUGAUGAUUCGAGUAUGGAACAUAUCUGGGAGCUUUCAGAAGGAAAGUAUAUCUGUACAGAAGAUGUAAGUCAGUCUAAUUGGAUGCGUUGGGUUCGGCCUGCUCCUUCAAGAAAUCAGAGGAACCUAGUUGCACUCAGUAAAAAUGGGUCUCUUUAUUUUGUCGCUCUUAAGUUACUUGAGAUUGGAGACGAACUUUUGUAUUGGGCAGAGCCAUCAGGGCCAUGGUCAUCUAAAAAUAUUGAUAAAACAAAUUGUGGUGGAUGCAAUUUGACAUUUCCAAGCCCUAUAGGUUACAGACUUCACUGCAAUGUUUUUCACGACCCUAAACUAUCCCUUACUGUUAGGAAAUACCACUGUAAAGUAUGCGCUGAACCUAUUCUCGGGAAACAGAAUAUUAUCAGUCAUGCAGCAAGUGCACAUGGUGGAAAAGGGGCAUACCAAUGUCAGUUCUGUUCAAAGUUUUUCCUACGUUUGAAUUAUUUGGAAAUGCAUCGAAACUACAGCUGUCAAUUGAAUCCCCACCGAUCCAAGCCUUUAUGUCACCACUGUGGUAGAAAGUUUUGUCAACCGCAAAAGCUAAAAGUCCAUAUUAAGAGGAUGCAUAGUGAAAUGCUAGACACAUUGAAAGAAUUUCAGUGUAGUUCUUGUAUGAAACUUCUGGGGUCUCAUGCUGCUCUCCAAAGGCAUUCUAAAGAGGUUCAUAAAAAACUGCCUGGAAUUCCUUGCUCUCGCUGUGGGAAGGAAUUUCGUAACACUUCCAACCUUAAAAUUCACAUGUUGACACAUUCUGGAGUGAAACCAUACAGGUGUCGAGAAAAUAACUGUAGUUCUGCAUUCACCACAAAGCAAUGUCUUCAGUUACAUUACAAAAACAUCCAUGGUUUAUCAGAAAGUGAAUUGCCUCAAAUAGAACGCUCAGUAGAAUACACCUUUGAUGCAUAUUCUGGAGAAGGUUCGAGUCACAGAGAAUCCAAAGAAGUUGAAGAUGCAAUGCCAGUAGAAUCUGUUAAUGCACCUGAAACUUUGAUUGUGAGCAAGGGGAGUAGAAAAUGGAUGGGUGAUUUGCCGAAAGAGGAAACAAGAGAAAGAAUAGAAGAGCCAACAGUGUUUCCAAGAAAUGAUAGUGCGAGUGCUGCUAGUCUUCUAGUAGAAGCAGCCAUUGAGUCAGCAGAGAAAGACAUUGGUUCGACUUAUUUUCCAUAUUUCUCUCCUUCAAGAUACAUGGGUAUAGAUUGCAACUUCAAUUUGGAAGGAGUUGGAAAUUCAAGCAAGAACAAUGUCAAUUGUGGCAGCUAUGCAGGAAGCUGUAUCUACCAAGAUUCUAACUCACAUUUAUCAACUAAUCACUCUACUUUCUAAUAAAAUAUGUAUGUAUUAAUUACCAUGAUGAAUAUCAUGAUUUGAAUUAGAAAAAAAAAUAACAAUACCAUAAUAAUGACUUUCCGAAUGGUAGAGGCUAUAUGGUUGACAGAGAAGAAAGUAUGGUCUGUUGCACUUGUCGAAAAAGGACUUUAUUUUUAGAAACUCCAUCAAACAGGCAAGCAUUCUUAUGUUAUUGGAGCUGAAAUCAAGCCUAUAUCAGAACAUCGUGAUCUUCUGAAUGAAAAACAUAUAUCUUGCUUUUUCUUAGUCCAAACCUGAUGAAUUGAAAAUUAAAUGGAGUGAAGAGGGAGGUGACUUAAGUGUUGAGCAAGACAUUGGGUGAGAAGUGAAAAAAAAAGAUCCUAAAUUUACAUGACGUAAUAUGUAAUGACUCCUUCGCUAAAGUAGGUAUAAUGCUACAAAGGCUAAGAGUGUUAGGGCAUAAUAAUCUUUUAACAACCUUGAGCUUAGCCGCACUGGUCGGAAUCUGACCUGAGGAGGUUGUGGGAGGCACCGAAAUGAAUCUCAAUGUUCUCAUUCUGGUUAGAAUAAGUUGGUUACCUGCAACUGGUACCUUAUAGCUCUCCUGUAUGCCAGAAAUGGCCAGUAAGGGAGUAAAGGAAGAAAAAAUAAAGUAAAGAUUUGACUUGAAAAAACAAAAACGGGCUAUGUAUUAUAAAUUUUCUUACACUUUAAUCAUAUGUUAAAUAAUCUUAUCGAGUAUAUUUUUAAAGGUGUCCAAUUUUUACCAUGUCAAAUAUGCAUUGUAGUUUAUUUUGAUUUAAUUGUAUAUUACGUAGAAAGAAAAAAUGAAAGACUAACCAAUGAGCAAUGUAAUGAAUUAUGAUACUGAUUUGUAAAUUUGAUUGACUAAUAUUGUUUCUAAUAUGUAUUCUUCUAUUAGGAUUAUUAUAAUGUAUUUGUUUUACUUCAAAAUUUUGGCAGAGAAACAUUUUUUAGUAGAAAUAAAUGAUUUUAAAGUUGUUAUGACUUCAAGAAAAAAAACUAAGCUACUUCCUAAAACUCCAUAAAGUAGAACCAAAAGAGCGGGUUCAAAAUCCAUCAAGUGAACUUUAGUGUAGCCGACAGCGUUGAUAUUGCAUCUAGGCUUCUGGGAAGAGAAUAUUUUCAUUAUUCUCUGGAACACACCUGUCUCCUGCUGCCAUAUGACACU